AUGACUACUAUGUCUAAAAGACGGCUUUUAAAAGAUUUUAAAAAACUCCAAGAUGAUCCGCCACAAGAAUUCACAGCAAUGCCAAUGGAAGAUAAUAUCUUAAUAUGGGAUGCAUUAUUAUAUGGUCCAUAAGACACAAUUUGGGAUGGGGCUAUAUUUAGGCUUUCAUUAGAAUUCACAGAGGAUUAUCCAAACAAACCUCCUAUAGUAAAAUUUAAAACAAAUAUAUUUCAUCCUAAUAUAUACAAUGAUGGAUAAAUUUGUUUAGAUAUUUUAUAAAAUUAAUGGAGUACUAUCUAUGAUGUUUGGGCUAUUUUAACAUCUAUAAGAUCUCUAUUAACUGAUCCAAAUCCUAAUUCCCCUGCAAAUAGUGAAGCUGCGAAGCUUUUUUAAGAAGACAAAAAAGAAUAUAUAAAAAGAGUAAAAGAAAUUGUAGAACAAAGUUGGAUUAUAUGA